UGUAUGUAAUUCUUUCCGCUCGUUGUUCUUUAUAAUAACGAACGUGGAAAAGAUGAGUCGAUCUUUGAUUCGACGAAUCUCAUUGGAAAUUUCGAGGAUACGAAUUUUAAUUGGGAAAAUACGCGACGCGAUAAUUUCUUGAUAGGUGAAACGGCGCCAGGUGAUCGUUGGCAAUUACGAGGUAUCGAUUAUACGGCCAAAUUGUAGUUAUCGAAGCGACGAUCACGUACUAUUAGAUUCGCGCGUGAAUUCGGUCGACGAUCGUCACCGACGCCGACGUCGACGUCGUUACGACGAUAGCACGCCUUCCUGCUUACAUAAAGACAAUGAAGGUCUCGUCGAGGAUGUGAAAGUAAACAUUAUCGGCGGGCUGCCCCUUCCCUCUCCUAGAAUUGUGAUAGCGUUGAAAUCAUACUUGUAGAAUACUGACAUCGAAAACUUCGUAUCGCAUUUCGUACGAGCUCGUACGGAACUCUUCGCGCAACUUUGUUCCGUUUCGAAAACCGUUGACACCGUUAUUUAGAAUGGUAAAAGUAUUGUAACAAAGAGAACGGACCAUGGAUGGUUACGAUCGGAUCGGAGAGAGUGAUUUUAAAGAGAAGUGAAAAAACGGAAGAAAUAUUUAUGAUUAUUUCGUUGGAUCGAUACGGAGAUAGAGCGAUGCAGCAAAGAUUACGUCUAAACGGCGACGAAGAGUUAUAUGGUGCAAUCGUCGACUGUUCGAAGCGUGCCGAUUGGACGCCUCUGAUGUUAGCGUGCACGAAGAUUGGUAGCGAGGCGUGCAAGUGCAUCAGGAUAUUACUCGAAGCAAAGGCGGAUCCUUUAAGAAGGAACAAAGACGGUUGGAUACCUGCGUUUAUUAUUUGUCGUUCUGGUGACGUUAAUGCACUUCGAUUAUUUCUGGAUUUCGCUCCUGAAAGUAUCAGUCUUCGAAGUAACAACGGUCGUAGUUCUCUUCAUAUAGCCGCUUUCAACGGACACGAGGAGAUAAUAGAUUUGCUCUUAGCUGUGGAUCCGGGUCUUGUAAAUGCACGUGAUUCAUCGGGUGCUACGCCUCUUCACGAAGCCAUUAAGGGCGGGAAUUUAAAUAUAGUAAAGCGUAUGAUACAAUUUGGUGCGGAUUUUCGCGCCACUGACAAGGUCGGUCAAACCAUCCUACAUGUGGCUUCCUUGAUAGGAAGCGUGGAAAUGAUGGAAUAUAUUUUAACGAAUAAUUUAAUUAAUGUACACGAGAAGGCAUUUUUUGAUGUCACGCCAUUGAUCGCAGCUCGUCGAAGCAAACAAACCGACGCGAUCGACGUUUUAAUAAAAUAUGGAGCAGAGAAAUAGUUUUCUUGGAAAAUGUCCACUCUGAUUUUGACCCAAAAUUUAUAAUUUCCUAGACCUUGUUUCCUCUAUUAUCUUAGUCAUCGAAAACAGGGUUAAAUUGAAGAUAAGAUCAAUGAUUUUUCUUCAGAGAUUGGUACACAUUUAUUUAUCCUUUUUCUCUGUAUCAUCGGACAGUCUUAAAGAAGCAAUACAAAAUCAAGAAACGGAGUUUCUUAUCCGAUUUGGAAAUACCUAAGUUUUACAAUCUUGUCGCAUCUGCGUUCCUAAUGCGCGCAGGCAGGCAAUGGCGGAAAGAUCUUGGCGGUUCGCGAUAAUUAAACGAAUUCGUAUGGAAAGAUAAUCGUAAGAAAAGGAUAAGAUCACAGUAUCGAACUAAAUCGGAUUUUGUUGUUCGGCUCUCGAAGAUCGCGUUUUCAUGACGAUGGCUGUCUUUGGAUAUACAUAUAACUAUUAUGUAGUCGAAAGAAAGUACGUAACGCUUUUUU